AUGGUGUAUUGUAAACAUGAAACAACUUUAAAGAAGUUCUUCAUACCAACAACAGAUACUAAUAUCGAUGUAAGAAUAGAAUAUGACAUUCCUAUUCCUCCUAGAAACUCCCAUUGCACCACCACUUUUCAUGCAGAAGUGAACAUUGUUUGUAAAGAUUAUUAUUGUGCGCUUCAUGGUUGGUAUUCCUGGCGCUAUCAAAUAGUUGAGUUCAGUAAAAAUUACAGAGUUGUUGCUUUUGAUCAAAGGGGAUAUUCACUCUCUUCCAAAUUUACUGAUAAGAAGGAUUUCACAUUUGAAAAACUGUCUGCUGAUGUGUCUGAAGUUAUUCAAACACUUGGUUACAAAGAUUGUGUGCUUGUUGGCCAUGAUUGGGGAGCUCUAGUAGCAUGGAGUACAGCUGCUAAUUAUCCUCAUUUGGUUUCCAAAUUAAUCAUUAUGAACUGCCCACAUCCAACAGUUUUUUCAAAGCAUAUUUGGAGCCAUUUCUCUCAACUUAGAAAAUCAUGGUAUAUAUUUUUCUUCCAAAUGCCAUAUAUCCCAGAAUGGAUGUACUCGCUCAACAGAUUUGAGGCUUUUUCUAGAGUUUUCACCAGUCGUGUUGGAGUCAGAAGUGAAAAUAUGACAAAGGAUGAUAUUGACAUUUACAGAUAUGCAUUUUCCCAGCCAGGAGCAAUCACAGGACCCAUCAACUAUUACAGAGCAAAUUUUCUUAAUAGACAGGAAAAACUAUCUAAAAACAUUCUGAAAAUGCCAGUACUUAUUAUUUGGGGAAAGCAAGAUGCCUUCCUCAACCAUGAAAUGGCUGCAGAAUGUAGUAAAUAUGUUAAUAAUCUUUUGAUAAAAUACAUCGAAGAUGCUACACAUUUUGUUCAACUGGACCGACCAGAAAUUGUUAAUAAUAUCAUGUGGCAAUUUCUUAAUUAGUUACCAAAAUAUAGUUACUUCUAAUACUGAUUAAUCACGUGUAUACUUACAAAAAUGACUUGUUUUGUAACUUACCUGGAUAUCGUUUAUUCCAUGGAAGGAAUGUGAAAUAGCUUCAGCUGGGAAGUGAGACCUGCUCAAGGUCUCUGCAUGUUAGGUUACUAUUUUGUACUCUGUACCAUUCAACAAUAUUCUAUAAAUAAUUUUAUGUGUAAUUGACUGGCUGAUUAUCAAUGUAGGUUGAAGGAACAUCUUUUUAUCAGUCUGUUUUCUAAUGUAUAAAUAUUCAAAUAUUGUAAAGAUAAGUUCUACGUAAGCCACGUCUAUGACCUAAUACUUUAUUUCUGACUGAGGUCAGUAUUAUGUCAUUUAUGUUACUAAUACCCUUGUUGUUUCAGUAAAAUAAAUUUAAGAAUAUAAAUA